AUGACCCAAAAGGGUCAAACGGAUUCAAAUGGGUCCCACAUCGUACGAGCCCUGCAUGGAAGAUCGUCCCCAAGUGCCGAUGCGGGAGACAACAAGAAGCAAAAGACGCGGUAUGAACCGAUUCGGAACCCAGCGACUGCGACCAGGGCACUUGGCCGCCUGUGCGCUUCAAUUCCUGAAAACGGCAUGUCAAUAGAAAUGAAAGCUGUCUAUUGA